UUCCUAAGAAAAAGGGUGUUAACGGAGCACCUGAUUGAUUUAACACUCUUACAGACAAUACGUGACAAUGGUUCGUUGACGCAACAGGUACUGUCAGCAAUGGCGGACAUUUUCGAGAAAGAAAUCAAGGACAAAGAUGAUCGUCGUGAACUGGCCUUGUACCUGAUCUCAAACAAUGCGGCAGUGAUCGAACAAAAAGUGUUACAUCCCCACCUUUCAAAGACAGAUAAGACGGACAGGUGGCCGCUAUUUCGUGAACUGUGUCGCAGUGUUCGAAUCCCUUGCUGUGAAUGCGACGAUUUCGCUAUCAGCGUUUACCACUCGGGACUAUGUGGCGAUAUAGUGCGAAUACUAGAGAACGAUUAUUUAAUGAACAAUUACGAAAACGAUAAGAUACUACUUGAUCUCGUGGGACUGGGACUAUUGAUCUGCACGGUCUGCUCAGGCAACAUAUCACCCGCUACCGAGGGUGAAACAAAAACAUUGAGAGACAUAACAACCUUCUAUCUGUUAUCCAACGUAGAAAAAGUAAAACAAGCAGCUACUAUGCUUUCACAGAUUGUUGAAGCCGCAGAGAAGGAGAAAGAGGGAACAAAACGAAGAAGAAAGAAAUCCAGCAAGGUGAUGCACGAUAAUGACGCGAAUAAAGAGAAACCCGAUAAAACAACAUCUGAGGUUAAUUCCAGAAAGGAACCAGUUCAGCGAAUGAUACAGAGAGAAAGCAUACACAGCAAUCAAGACAAUGAGACAAGGAAAAACACGGAUUCAAAACCGCUAAAAGUCUUUACACAAAGGCAAGUCAGUACGGUGACAACGAAAGACACCAGGCAUGCAUCAAACGCGAAAAUUAUCGAAGCAUCGGGAGUCGUUACAAACCAGUCCGAUGUGACCGAGAACAACACAAACACAAUCACUAAGGUAUCGUCAAAUGAAGAUAAUACCAGUGAAAACCACGUGCAACUUGUAAGACGCGACUCAAAGAGACACUCACUAUUGAGAAAACUAAGUUUUUCAAAGGGUAAAAAAUCGUAAGCAGUCAUCUGAAAUUAACUUUUAUAUACACCACGUUAGUCAGAUUAUGUACUACAACAUUACAUUAAGACCCCCCCCCCCCAAGACGGACGGUCGUAAUGUAUAUCCCGGAGACUAUUAGUACUUUUAUGAAGUAGAUCAUUAUAAUAACAAUGCCUAAAUGCACAACGCCUUAAUCCUCGAUGAAGUCACGCUCUAGGGAGCUGUACAUUUCUAUUGGGGUCGCGUACUGUACGUACGCGACCUUCUCAACACCCUGGGCUGCACAAAACCAGGCUGUCACACAGGCACAAAACUAAGUUAUGAGACACCAUGUAUAAUGUUCAUACCAAGUUUAAAUAAAAUCGGUUGAUGAAACAUUGAA